AUGUCUGCUCAAAAAUUCUGGCUCGUCGGCUUAUCUGGAGGUUUGACCACGAGCAUAGUGCCGAUGUACCUGACGGAGCUGGCGCCGCUGGCGCUGACGGGGGCUAUGGGGGUCGCGUGCCCCAUGGGGGUCAACGUGGGGGUCCUCGUGGGACAAGUCAUGGGCCUUAAGUUUUUGUUAGGUGGUGCGAACGAUUGGCCCUACUUAUUGUCCGUCUACGUGUUGCUAGUCAUUUUUUGUUUACCCUUACUUUUUAUUUUACCUGAAAGUCCAAAAUAUCUUUUUGUUGUUAAGAGAGACGAAGAAGGUGCUUUAAGAGAGCUAAGCCGUCUUCGGGGCGUGUCCACAAGCGUUCUAAACGAGGACAUAGAUAUGCUUCGCGAAGAGGCUCGCGCGUCAAACGCCGCGGCGGGAGGCGAGCAACACUGGAGCAUGAUACGGGUGUUGAAAGACCCGAGGUUAAGGCUGCCUUUAUUGCUUGCCUGCUCAAUGCAAGCGGGACAGCAAACUAGCGGGAUAAACGCGGUGUUCUACUACUCGCAGACGAUCUUCAAGCAGGCAGGACUCGACGAGGCACAGUCACAGUACGCGACUAUAGCGUGCGGGUUCAUCAACGUGUGCACAGCAUUGCUUAUGCUGUGGCUGCUACCACGCGCUGGCCGCCGCCCGCUGCUACUAGGGUCGAUACUGGCGGCCGCUGUGAUAUUGGCCGGGCUGGCCGCUUCCAUGAAGUUCAUGUACGCGACUAUAGUGUGCGGGUUCAUUAACGUGUGCACAGCAUUACUCAUGCUGUGGCUGCUACCACNGCUGAAGGACCCGAGCAUGAUACGGGUGCUGAAAGACCCGAGGUUACGGCUGCCUUUACUUCUUGCCUGCUCAAUGCAAGCGGGGCAGCAGACUAGCGGUAUAAACGCGGUGUUCUACUACUCGCAGACGAUCUUCAAGCAGGCCGGUUUAGACGAAGCACAGUCACAAUACGCGACUAUAGCGUGCGGGUUCAUCAACGUGUGCACAGCAUUGCUUAUGCUGUGGUUACUCCCUCGAGCUGGUCGUCGUCCGCUUCUACUGGGGUCAAUACUGGCGGCCGCUGUGAUACUGGCCGGGCUGGCCGCUUCUAUGAAGUUUAUGGCCGUGGUGUCGUGGAUGCCGUACGUUUGCAUGGCGGCGGUGCUGGGCUACGUGCUAGUCUACGGGUUCGGGCUUGGGCCCAUCCCGUAUUUUAUAGCCUCAGAGAUCUUCGAAGUAGGUCCUCGGCCCGCGGGCAUGGCUUGGGGUUCUCUAGCCAACUGGGGCGGCAACUUCGUGGUGGGCAUGUCUUUCCCCACCAUGCGAGACUGCCUCGGGCCCUACUCCUUUAUAGUCUUCGCUGUUAUCACUGCCAUGCUGUUUGUCUUCCAGAAGUUAUACUUCCCCGAAACGCGCGGCAAGACGCCAACACAAAUUACGCAACUGUGCAGCCGAGGUUUCCGCUCGAAGCCGCUACGCAGCGCCACCGCGCUAGGACCUGUUUGACGGCGCCUGCGCACCGCGCGGGAAUCGAAUAGUUAAUGUUACUGCACAUCCAGUUAAACACUAUAAAUGCUGAUUGAUUCAUGCCCGUUUUAAAUGCCAAUUUUUAAAUGACCCCUAUGGU